AUGAUCACCAUCGAUGAGUUAUGCUUGGUGGAGAAUGUGCUGGAGGGCAAAACCAGAAGCCUCCUCUCCGCAUGUUUCUCGAGUGUCUUAUUGCUCCCCUCGGAAAGGGAAAUGCCACACCAGAGCGCUUCCCUCUUCACCAAGACCCUGAAAGCCAUGGACACAAUGCUGAGGACGGUGGUGCUCAGCUUUCCUGCCUCCAGUGUCUGCAAGGAGCUGCAGGACAUCUUUGAGAUGCUGCUGGACUUCACCAGAUCUGAGAGAGAAGUUGUGCGGGAGAGGGCUGUGGGGAGGAUUGGUGUCCUGACCAGUUUGCUGUCUGGCUAUUCCACUCUGAAGGCCUCUGUCAGCUUUGGAAGAGACAGUUUUGGACCUGUCUGCCCUGAAGACAUCUCAGUCCCAGUCGUGGGAAGGCUGGUGGGACGUCUCAUUCUUUUCCGAUAUUCCGAGGAACAAACAAGUUAUACAGCUUUCCACGCUCUUUUUUCCCUUGCUGAAUUCCUCUACAAGUCAAGGCCAAGGGAUGGGCCAGACCAAUUUGCUUGGGAAGCUGUGACCACCUCCUCGCUGUGUUACCUGAGCAUCAGAGACUGUACCCAGGCCUUUGGAAAAUACCUCCACUCUAGAGAGAGGACAGAUGUCAUCCUGGAGGCCAUUCAGGCCAUGAGAGAUGCCAGCAUCCUUGACAAGCAGGUGCCCAGCAGCAUGCUGGAUGUGGCCAUGGAAGACCCAAAAUUCUGGCUGACAGAUGUGCCCAAGAUAGUGAGCUGCAUUCUUGAAAACCUGCUAUGCAUCACCACAGAGUCAGGCUGUAGGAAAGUGGAGUCACUGUUUCUCCUGAUGACCAACGAGAACCGCUCGGCAGUGGUCAUCAGCCUGUGUGAGAUGACUCUGCAAGGAGACAGUGCUGUGCAGGAGCUGUGCAACACUCUGUCCUCCAUGCCUGAGAUUUUGGACAAGGUCCUCACGGAGUUUGCUAUCUUGCUCCGGAACCACUGGUGCAGCUCUUCCAGAGAAAGCACCUGGAACUCUCACAGAGCUUCAUCCUCGGGGCACAGGGACUUGGAGGAGCUGGGUAACAAGCCCAGCAUCUGGAGCGAUGAGGGCCAUCCCGAUGUGGUGACGGCCUUCCUGAUGCUGGAGAUCCUCACUGGGCUGUCAGAGAGAGCUGAGAUGGUGAGCAGGGGGGGAUUGGGGCAGCCACGCUGGCAGCCAGGGCCUGGGCCAGAGUGCAAGGCGGUGGCUUGGCCUGGGCUGUGA